AUGGCGCCUUCUUCUCGAGGAGCAUUAUCGCGAGCAAUACAGCUUGGCUCCUUAAGAUGGAAUUACCAGCCGAGGUUUAGCCGACUGAUUGUCACAAAGGCCACUUUUCCACGAACCCCCCCGGCCCGAUCCCGAUUCGUUGCGACACACGCCCAGAACCCGUGUCGCUCCUUUUCAACCAGCCGUGUCCAAUACGAACAAAGUGUCUCCGAGGAGCUUGCAAAUAUUCUACCCGCAUGUUGUCCUGGAUGUGGAGCCUUUACACAAACAAUUGAGCCCCAGGAACCAGGGUACUAUAGCGAGACUCGGAAGCAAAGUCGAAAGUUGCUCGCCCUCCGAAGAAGUGAGGUCGAGAAAGAAAUCGCAGAUUCAGUAUCAACAACGGAAAAUAUUGCAGAAGAUGGAGAAAUUCAAUCUAUCACGGAACAGGUUGUUCCAAAGCCCUCUCAGGAUGUUGCACUGCCAGACAAUGUUGCGUCCUCAUCUUUGAGCUCUUCAGAGUCUGAAAUCCGAACCACUCACGUUUGCGAUCGAUGCCAUGACUUGAUACACCACAAUCAAGCAGUCUCGGCACCUAAGCCCUCCAUCGUUUCCAUUCGAGAGUAUCUUAACGAGUCGCCUUACAAAAACAACCGAGUAUAUCACGUCCUCGAUGCCGCUGACUUCCCUAUGUCUCUUGUGCCGCGAAUCCACGAGGCACUUUCGGCCAUGGAGCAGCGUUCGCGAAAUCGGCGAUCCGCUACCGAGAAAUACUUGCAUGGACGGAAGCUACCUACGGUCAGCUUCAUUAUUACAAGAUCUGAUCUGCUAGCAGCUACAAAGGAGCAAGUCGACUCUAAAAUGGAGUAUUUCCGUACAGUCCUUCGCGAAGCCCUGGGAAGAACCGCGAAGGAUGCUCGUAUGGGGAACGUGCAUAUGAUCAGCGCGCACCGAGGCUGGUGGACCAAGCAGGUGAAGGAAGAGAUUGCAGAGCAUGGUGGCGGGAUUUGGGUUGUUGGAAAGGCCAAUGUGGGCAAGAGUAGCUUCAUUGAGGCAUGUUUCCCGAAAGACUCCCGGCGUCUUGAGAAUAUGGCCGAGUGGACCGAGCAGCAAUUGGAGCGGGAGCUCAUGAAUCAGCAACAAGAGGCUGCCACAGGGGCUCCAGAAGUGUUGGACCCUGAUAGCCUUCUUCCACCUGCCCCCCGUGAAGAUCUUUACCCUGUGCUUCCGGUCGUCUCGUCUAUGCCAGGGACCACAGUUUCUCCGAUCCGAAUUCCAUUUGGACGCGGAAAGGGAGAGAUGAUCGAUUUACCUGGUAUGGAUCGAAGCGAGCUUGAAGACUUUGUAUGUGAUGAACACAAACGUGAUUUGAUCAUGACAAAGCGUGUGAAGCCUGAACGGCAUACAAUCAAGCCUGGUCAGUCUCUCCUUCUCGGUGGUGGCUUGGUCCGAAUCUCAGCAGUCAACCCCAAUGAUACUAUCAUGGCUGCUAGCUUCGUGCCACUUGAAUCACACGUCACAAAAACAGAAAAGGCCAUUGAGAUGCAGACGGAGCAGCGGACUUAUCCGGGCAAGAUCCUCAUGAGAGAAGGCACUGGCAGCUCUAUCAUCUCUGCUGGGAAAUUUGAUUUGAAGUGGGAUAUUACCGGUUCAAACCUGCCCACAUCAGUCGCGAAGGCUAUCAAAGACAAGGGUAUCCCGGUUCCUUUCCUGCCGUAUAAAGUUAUGGCUGCCGAUAUUCUUAUUGAGGGCUGUGGCUGGAUUGAACUGAGCAUUCAGAUCCGCAAUAAGCGCAGCCCUGAAGAGGAAACGGUGUCUCCUCAGGUCGAAAUAUUCACCCCACAGGGCGAAUUCAUUGGACAGAGAAGACCCAUUGAAUGUUGGAAUUUCAUGGCGGAGAAGCUCAAGGCUGAUAAGCGGAAGAGACCUCGUACGAGACAUCGUUAUAGCUGA